AUGGAAGAUCUGGAAAUUCCAGCCGGCAGCCCAGCGCUCUCGGAACACGAAGAACCACAGGCGCUCGAUGACGCUGCCGACCCCCUUGCGCCCGCCAUCGACGAAGAGGACAAUGAGCCCGCCGACCCGCUCAUGGACGGUGAUGCGGACCAAGACACCUACGAGAAAGUUCCCGACAGCCGAAACGAACACGAAGAUCCAGAUCUAGGCAACACAGCCGAAGCCGCCUUAGACUCCGACGCCGAAUCCGAGCUCGAAGAACUCUCAGAAAAGGAAUUCGACGACUUCGACCCCUCCGCCCUCAACAUCCCGGAUAAACCCGUGGCGGUGGAUGCAGAUAAUGUCGGUCUCCUGGGCGUGCACAAGCGGAAACGGACGGAGGAGGAGGAGCGGGAGCGCAAGCAGAAGAAGAAGAAGAAGGAGGGGAGGAGGGAGCGGCCGAAGAAGGCGAAGAGGGUGAGGGCUAGGGCGGAUGGGGGUGAUGAGGAGGAUGAGCCGGAUUUUGAGGGCGGGCCGGAGAUGGAGGGGAAGAGGGUGAGGAGGGGGAAGGGCGAUGGUGGUGGUGGCGGUGGCGGUGGCGGGGGUGCGACGAGGAAGGCUCCCAGGGCCAGGACGCCGGAGAAUGAGGAGAAUCUUAGUGUCGAGGAGCGCCGCCGCCGCGCCCUCGAUCGCAAAAUGGACGAGGCGCUCAAAUCUCAUCGCGCCCCUACCCGUCGUCGCGGCGUCCAUAAUCUUGAGGAAAUGGCCGAUGCGGAGAUCGAGGUCAUGCGGCAGAAGAUGGCGAAGGCGUGUGAAGCCGAUGCCGAAGCGCGAUCGAGAGGGGAGAUCGCGACGCAUAAACUCAAGAUCCUUCCAGAGGUCGUUGAGCUGUUGAAUCGGAAUACCAUUCAGUCGCAGCUUGUGGAUCCGGAUACGAAUAUUUUGGAGGCGGUCCGCUUCAUGCUCGAGCCCGCCGACCACGACGCUGCACUCCCCAACUACCAAAUCCAACGCGAACUCUUCACCACCCUCCGCCGCCUCCCCAUCGGCAAAGAAGCGCUCAAAGCCUCCGGGAUCGGAAAAGUCGUCCUCUUCUACACCAAAUCCAUCCAACCACAACAGGAUAUCAAACGCCAUGCCGAGCGGUUAAUAGGCGAAUGGAUGCGCAUUGUCCUCGGCAAAGAGUCGACGACGAGGAAGAACAUGACGACCGCGACUAAACUCUACGACCCACUUGCUCAGGCCGCGGCGGCGAGGGCAGCUGGUAGGAGUGCGGGUGGGGUUGUGGAGAUGUCAGCAGGGGAGAAGGCGAGGGUGGCGGCGGAGAAACGGAGGGCGGUGUUGGCUAUGCCGAUGCCGGGGAAUCGCGCCCGGGCUGAUGGGAGCGGGUUACCGACUUAUAGCGUUGCGCCUGUUAACAAUCUGAGUAAUGCGCAUUUAGGGGGGGUUAAGGGGGCGGGGACGGGGAGUAAUGCGGCGUUUAACAAGAUUGUGGCGAAGAGCGAGGGGGGGAAGAAGAAGCGGUAG